UUUGUUUUUAAUUUCAGUUUCAGUUUGUCGCUGGAACGCAACGGAACGCAUUUUGGAUCGUGGAUCCGGUGGCAGAUCUAAUUAUAGAAAAAUAACAGAUCGGUUCGUGUAUGGUUAACUAGACCCCGUCCGCCGAAAAUGAACAAGAACCUCGGCUUUGUGGAGCGGCUUCGAUGGCGCCUCAAAACCAUCGAGCAUAAACUCCAGCAGUACCGCCAGACCACCAAUGAGACCAUUGUUGCCGACACCGAGUAUGGCAAAGUGAGGGGAGUGAAGCGUCUGUCCAUGUACGAUGUGCCCUACUUCAGCUUCGAGGGCAUACCCUAUGCCCAGCCACCCGUGGGUGAGCUGCGCUUCAGGUCCCCACAACGACCCACCCCAUGGGAGGGGGAAAGGGAUUGUAGUCAGGCCAGGGAUAAGUCCGUCCAGGUGCACUUUGUCAUGGAUAAGGUAGAGGGCUCUGAGGAUUGCCUCUACUUGAAUGUCUAUACCAAUAAUGUCACCCCCGACAAGCCACGUCCUGUUAUGGUGUGGAUACAUGGCGGUGGCUUCAUCAUUGGUGAAGCCAAUAGGGAAUGGUAUGGCCCAGACUACUUCAUCAAGGAAGAUGUGGUCCUGGUGACCAUUCAGUAUCGUCUGGGAGCAUUGGGUUUUCUUAGUUUAAAGUCGCCCGAGUUAAAUGUUCCUGGCAAUGCGGGACUGAAGGAUCAGGUGAUGGCUCUCAAAUGGAUCAAAAAUAAUUGCGCCAACUUUGGUGGCGAUCCGAACUGCAUCACCGUGUUUGGAGAGAGUGCCGGAGGUGCGUCCACCCACUACAUGAUGAUCACUGAUCAGACGCAGGGCCUCUUCCAUCGCGGCAUCCUGCAGUCGGGCAGUGCCAUCGCACCUUGGGCCUACAAUGGAGACAUUACCCACAAUCCCUACAGAAUAGCAAAACUGGCUGGCUACAAGGGCGAGGAUAAAGACAAGGAUGUGCUGGACUUUUUGCAGAAUGUCAAGGCCAAAGAUUUGAUACGUGUCGAGGAGAAUGUCCUUACGUUGGAGGAUCGUAUGAAUAAGAUUAUGUUUGCCUUUGGCCCUUCGCUGGAGCCGUAUGUAACCGCUGAUUGUGUGGUGCCCAAAGCACCCAUCGAAAUGAUGAAGACCGCCUGGAGCAACACCAUUCCCAUGCUGAUAGGAAAUACUUCCUAUGAGGGUCUACUGUGGGUGCCAGAGAUCAAAAUACUGCCGCAAACCGUGCAGCAAGUGGAUGCUGGCACUCCUUUUAUACCACGUGAAUUGCUUGCCAAGGAACCCACCAAGGAAACAAUUGAGUUGUGGGGCUCGAAAAUACGAGAUGCACAUCGUACGGGCGAUUCCGCCACCGCUGAUAACUAUAUGGAUGUCUGUUCGAUCUUUUACUUUGUCUUUCCUGCCCUGCGUGUGGUGCACUCUCGUCAUGCCCAUGCCGCUGGCGCUCCUGUCUACUUUUAUCGCUAUGAUUUCGACUCCGAAGAGAUUAUAUUCCCCUAUAGAAUUAUGCGCAUGGGUCGUGGGGUUAAGGGUGUGAGCCAUGCCGAUGAUUUGGGCUAUCAGUUCAGCAGUCUCCUGGCGCGUCGUCUGCCCAAGGACAGCAGGGAAUACCGGAACAUAGAGAGAACGAUUGGCAUAUGGACACAGUUUGCGGCCACGGGUAAUCCGUAUAGUGAGAAGAUCAAUGGAAUGGAUACGCUGACAUGGGAUCCAGUGCGCAAAUCCGAUGAGGUCUUCAAGUGUCUGAACAUCAGCGAUGAAUUGAAGCAUAUUGAAUUGCCCGAGUGGCCCAAACUGAAGGUGUGGCAGAGCCUCUACGCUGACAAUAAGGAGCUACUCUUCUGUGCCUCACGUCGAUUGACCCGGGAGCUUGCUGAUCUGCUUGAGUCUGGCAAAAAGAAGACUUGGUGUAACAUUCAGGCCAGCGAUGAAUCCAUUAUGGUGUGGAAGAUCCUGUUGGUGCCAGAGCGUCCACCAUACAACAAGGGGGCCUUUCGCAUUGAGGUGAACUUCCCCGACGAGUAUCCCUUCCAGCCACCCAAGGUCAUAUUUAAAACGAAGAUCUAUCAUCCCAACAUCGAUGAGAAGGGUCUGGUGUGCUUGCCCAUCAUUAACUCGGACAACUGGAAGCCCACAACCAGCACUGAGAAAAUUCUGGAGGCUCUUGUGGGCAUCCUGCAUGAACCAGAGCCAGAGCAUCCGCUGCGUGUCGAUCUGGCCGAGGAGUUUGUAACCGAUCACAAGAAGUUCAUGAAAACUGCAGAGGACAAGAUGUCAUUCGAUAUAGCCGUGGCCGAUCAGAUGCGCAUUGCCCUGAACUAUGUGAAGUUCAAGACAAACCAACAGCGCCUUCGGAGCAAUGACAAGGUAAUUGCCGACACGGUCUAUGGCAAGGUGAAGGGCGUCAAGUGGCAGUCGAUAUAUGGGAACAACUACUUUAGCUUCGAGGGCAUACCGUUCGCGAAGCCCCCCGUGGGGGAGCUGCGGUUCAAGGCGCCCGUAGAGCCUGACCAUUGGACGGAGGUGAAGCGCUGCACCAGGGUACGCUCCAAGCCUUGUCAAGUGAACAUUGUGAUGAAACUGGUGCAGGGCAGCGAGGAUUGCCUGUACCUAAAUGUGUACACAAGAGAGUUGCAUCCCAAUAAACCUGUGCCAGUGCUCGUUUGGAUCUACGGCGGUGGCUUUCAAAUGGGCGAGGCCUCAAGGGAUUUGUACAGUCCCGACUACAUCAUGAUGGAGCAUGUGGUCCUGGUUGUGAUCUCCUAUCGCCUUGGUGCCCUGGGAUUUCUCAGUCUCGACGAUAAGGAGCUGGAUGUGCCCGGCAAUGCUGGCCUAAAAGAUCAAGUGAUGGCCCUGCGUUGGGUCAAGCAAAAUUGUCAGUUCUUUGGCGGCGAUCCAGAGAACAUUACAGUCUUUGGUGAGAGUGCAGGUGGAGCGUCCGCCCACUACAUGAUGCUGACGGAGCAGACCCGCAAUCUCUUCCACAAGACUGUGCUGAUGUCGGGUGCGGCAUUGGCCCCUUGGGCACAGACCCCGAUGCACAUCAAUUGGACGUAUCGCUUGGCCCAGGCCACGGGCUACUCCGGAGAGCUAAACGAUCGCCAGGUGUUUGCUCAUCUAAAGAAAUGCAAGGCCAGCAGCCUGUUGAGGGUGGCCGACGAUAUCAUCACCAUGGAGGAGCGCCAUCAGCGCCUGACCAUGUUCUGCUUUGGUCCCACCAUCGAACCAUAUGAAACAGAUCACUGUGUGAUACCCAAGUCGCCGCUGGAGAUGAUGCGCAACUGUUGGGGCAACUCCAUUCCCAUGGUCAUUGGCGGCAACUCCUUCGAGGGUCUGUUAAUGUUCCCCGAGGUAAACAAGUGGCCGGAGUUGCUGUGCCAGCUGGGAGAUUGCGAGUAUCUGGCUCCAAGGGAUGCGCAGUUGGACAAGGAGCAGCAGCGGGCAUUUGGCAAGCAGCUGAGGGAAACCUAUUUUGGCGAUAGGAAACCCAGCCGUGAAACAAUGUUGGAGUACAGUGAUCUCUUUUCGUACAAAUAUUUUUGGCACGGCAUCCAAAGGACUUUGCUCUCGCGUGCCCAUUACGCUCCAGAGGCGCCCACGUAUCUGUAUCGCUUUGACUUUGACUCGAAGCACUUCAACAUCAUGAGGAUUAUCACCUGUGGCCGCAAGGUGCGAGGCACCUGUCAUGCCGAUGAUUUGUCGUAUUUGUUCUACAAUGCGGCAGCAAAGAAACUAAAACGCCGCACGGCCGAAUUCAAGACGAUAAAACGUCUGGUGUCCAUGGUUGUGCAGUUUGCCAUAAGCGGAGAUCCCAAUAUACCGCUGGUCACGCACGAUGAAAAACAGCAGCCGUGCCUGCCGCAGGGCACAGGCACAUCCGCAGCCACAUCCACCUGGUUGCCCAUUUCGCGUGAGGAUGCGGUGUUCAAGUGCCUGAAUAUCUCACAUGAUGUGCAAGUGAUUGAUUUGCCAGAGGCCGAGAAGUUGCGGCUCUGGGAUAGCAUCUAUGACAGACGACUCUUGUACUGAAUCACAUUUUUGCUACUGUCCACCCCACACCUCAAACUCUCAGGCGGCUUUGCCGCUUAUUUACCCUUAGCAAUCCGUAGGCCUUAGACAUAGUCAUAGCCCGUAGCAGUAGCCCCUAAGCCGGCCCGAGCGGCCUUAAAAGCACAUCAAAUGUACACAUGUAAAUAGCGAUUUUUUAUAGCUUAGCCUUAAGAAUAAAUACA